CCACGGCUCUUCGCUUUUUCGGCGCUGGAGAGUGUUGGGACCAGGGCUGGAGAAGACCGCCGGGGAGCAUCAGAGAAAAGAUCCAGUCCUGUGCACGGAGCCUCGACUGGGCGAACGCGGCACCGUGCGUUUUUCUUUUUUGGGGGGGGGACAGCACAACAUUCCUGUGAAAUAUAACUGCUAUUAAUGGCAUGUGGCUUGUAACUUUACUCCUGCUGUUUUCUUUGCAAGAAGCCAACAGUGAGGAUGUUGUCUCUACUCGGCUGUACUUUGUGAACGCCUCCCUGCAGCGAGUGACCUUCUCCAGCUCGGUGGGGGUGUCCCUGCCCUGCCCUGCGGGCGGCGCCCCCCAUGCCGUCCUGCGCUGGUACCUGGCUGCCGGAGACGACAUUUACGACGUGCCCCACAUACGCCACGUGCAUGCCAACGGCACCCUCCAGCUCUACCCUUUCUCCCCCUCUGCUUACAACAGCAUCAUCCACGACAACGAGUACUUCUGCACCGCCGAGAAUCAAGCGGGCAAGAUCCGAAGCCCCAGCAUCCACGUUAAAGCAGUGUUCAGGGAGCCCUACACAGUCCGAGUGGCAGACCAGCAUUCCAUGCGGGGUAACAUUGCCGUAUUCAAGUGCCUCAUCCCUUCAGCUGUUCAAGAGUACGUCAGCGUGGUGUCCUGGGAGAAAGACACCGUUUCCAUCAUCCCUGGUAAUCGUUUCUUCCUGACCUCAUUUGGCGCUUUAUAUAUCUCAGAAGUACAGAAGGAAGAUGCUUUGUCCACCUACCGCUGCAUCACAAAGCACAAGUACAGUGGAGAGACCCGCCAGAGUAAUGGAGCCAGGCUCUCUGUAAAGGACCCGAAGGAGUCCCCCCCAUCUGUGCUGGAUAGUUUCCAGUCUGGUGAGAUGCAGGUUGGACACAGCGUGGAACUGCCCUGCAUUGCCUCCGGAUAUCCAAAUCCCACCAUCCGAUGGUUGAAGGAUGGUCGACCACUGCCAGCUGACUCUCGCUGGACACGCCGCAUCACUGGCCUCACUAUCUCCGACUUAAGACUUGAGGACAGUGGCAACUACAUUUGUGAAGUCACGAACAGCUUUGGCUCCAAAGAGGUGACGGGUCAUCUCAAUGUUAUAGAACCACUGCGGGUCACUUUGUCUCCAAAGAACCUCAAGACUGGGAUCAGCAGUACAGUAAUCCUCUCCUGUGCCGUCCAGGGUUCCCCCCACUUUACUGUUUCCUGGUACCGUAACACAGAACCUGUGAUGCCUGAUCAGCAUUUUUCCAUCCAAGGAGCACACAAUGAGACACUCUUCAUUUCUGCUGCACAAAAAAGACAUUCUGGAGCUUACCAGUGCUUUGCCUCACGAAAGGGCCAGACUGCCCAGGACUUCUCCAUCAUACUGCUGGAAGAUGGUACGCCCCGUAUUGUCGCCUCCUUCAGCGAACGAGUGGUGGUCCCUGGUGAGCCAUUUUCCCUGAUGUGUGCUGCCAAAGGAGCCCCUCCGCCUACCAUCACCUGGACCCUGGAUGACGAGCCCGUGGCUCGGGAUCUGUCACGUGUGAGAUCCAGCCAGUACACGCUCUCCGAUGGGAGCACCGUUAGCUUCGUCAACGUCAGCAGCCCGCAGAUUCGUGAUGGAGGAGUGUAUCGGUGCGCCGCACGAAACUCGGCUGGUAGUGCUGAGUACCAAGCGCGCAUAAACGUAAGAGGGCCUCCGAGGAUUAGGCCUAUGAAGAAUAUUACAGCGGUGGCAGGAAGAAACACUUUCAUAAACUGCAGAGUAAUUGGGUAUCCUUAUUACUCAAUUAACUGGUACAAGGAGGGAAUUCUGCUGCCUGACAACCAUCGUCAGGUGGUGUUUGAGAAUGGGACACUUAAGCUCAGCGAUGUUCAGAAAGGCAUGGAUGAGGGCGCCUAUGUGUGCAGCGUGCUGAUCCAGCCACAGCUAUUCAUCACACAAACCAUUUAUGUCACCGUCAAAGUCCCCCCGCUGAUCCAGCCGUUUGACUUUCCCCCAACCUCCAUCGGUAAAUUGAUGUACAUCGCCUGUGUGGUGUCAUCUGGAGACAUGCCCAUACGAAUCACCUGGCGUAAGGACGGCCAGGAGAUCGUGCCCUCCUCGGGGAUCACCAUUGACACAAAGGAGUUUAUGAGUUCACUGCAGAUUUCCAAAGUGUCGCUCAAACACAACGGCAACUACACCUGCAUCGCUAGCAACGAUGCUGCUACUGUCAGCACAGAGAGGCAGCUCACAGUUACAGUUCCUCCACGAUUUGUUGUGCAGCCCAACAACCAGGAUGGCAUCUAUGGCAAAUCGGCAAUCUUGAACUGUUCUGUUGAUGGAUACCCUCCUCCUAAGGUCAUGUGGAAGCACGCCAGAGGAGCUUUAGCCGGGAUUGGAAACCCACAGCAGUACCACCCGGUUCCUCUAACUGGCCGCAUUCAGAUCAUGACUAAUGGCUCCCUGCUGAUCAGACAUGUACUGGAGGAAGAUCGAGGUUUCUACCUCUGUCAGGCCUCCAAUGGCGUGGGUUCGGACAUCAGCAAGAGUAUGGUCCUCACUGUUAAGAUCCCAGCAAUGAUCACCAGUCACCCCAACACUACCAUGGCCAAGAAGGGUCAUGUGAAGGAGCUGAACUGCACAGCCAGAGGAGAAUGGCCCAUCAUCAUCCGUUGGGAAAGAGGUGACACAGUGAUUGACCCAGAUCGCAACCCCCGGUACUCCAUAACCACAAGCCCCAAUGAAAAGACAGAUGAGGUGUUGUCUACUCUCAAGCUAAAGCCAGCAGAGCGUGAAGAUUCAGUCUUCUUCUCCUGUCAUGCCAUCAACUCUUAUGGAGAAGGACGAGGCCUUAUCCAACUCACUGUGCAAGAGCCUCCAGACCCUCCAGAGCUAGAAGUGCGAGAAGUAAAAGAUCGUAGCAUGAAUCUUCGAUGGACACAAAGAUUUGAUGGAAAUAGCGUCAUUACCUCCUAUGACAUUGAAUACAAAAACAAGACGGAUACUUGGGAGCUGAAGCAUGCCACUCGAAAUAUAUCUCCCACAAACAAUCAGGCCAACAUAGUAGACCUCCACCCUGCAUCCGUCUACAGUAUCCGUAUGUUCUCAUACAAUGCAAUAGGCAAGAGUGAGGCCAGUAAAGAGCUCACCAUCAGCACCGAAGAAGCACAGCCUGAUGGUCCUCCAAUGGAUGUCGUCCUUCAGCCAGUCACCUCUCAAAGUAUCCGGGUGACCUGGAAGGCUCCAAGAAAAGAGCUCCAGAAUGGGAUUAUCCGCGGUUAUCAGAUCGGCUACAGAGAGAAUGGCCCUGGCAGCAACGGUCAGUACAGCAUUGUUGAGAUGAAAGCCACUGGGGACAGUGAGGUCUACACCCUGGACAACCUGAAGAAGUUUGCUCAGUACGGCGUGGUUGUCCAGGCCUUCAACAGAGCAGGCACAGGACCUUCAAGCUCAGAGAUCAAUGCGACAACACUGGAGGAUGUGCCUAGUCAGCCUCCUCAGAACGUACGAGCCAUCUCCGUAACUUCAGAUGAGGCGGUGAUCAACUGGGCUGAACCUCCUAGAAUGACUCUCCAUGGUGUACUGAAGGGAUAUCGUGUUGUGUUCUGGGCUGUGUUCCCAGACGGAGAGUGGGGUGAAAUGCAAAACAUUACAACCACCAAGGAGCAGGUGGAGCUCAAAGGCCUCGAGAAGUUCACCAACUACAGCAUCCAGGUUCUGGCCUUCACCCAGGCCGGAGACGGUGUUCGGAGCAACGUCCUCUAUAUCCAAACCCGUGAAGACUAUCCCGGACCUCCAGCUGGCAUUAAAGCAGUGCCCUCCUCUGCCAGCAGUGUCGUAGUAUCGUGGUUACCCCCUCACAAACCAAAUGGAAUCAUCCGCAAGUACACCAUCUACUGCUCCAGCUCUGGUUCCGGCCAACCGCUGCCAAGUGAGUAUGAAGCUAACCCAGAACUUCUUCUUUACCGAAUCACCCACCUGAACCACCGGCAGCAGUACCUGAUCUGGGCUGCUGCUGUCACCACUGCCGGCCGCGGUAACAUCAGCGACAAAGUUACAGUGGAGCCUGCUGCAAAGGCCCCUGCCAAAAUCUUGUCAUUUGGAGGUACGGUAACCACUCCUUGGAUGAAGGAGGUGCGUCUGCCUUGUAGUUCCGUAGGUGAACCAACACCUACCAUCAAAUGGACCAAAGACAGUGAGGACACAGCAAUCCCAGUGUCUCUCGAUGGACAGCGCCUCAUUCUGGCCAAUGGGACGCUGGUCCUGCGAUCCGUCAAAGCUGAAGACUCUGGUUAUUACACCUGCACAGCCACCAACACAUUGGGCUUCGACACCAUCAUAGUCAACCUUUUGGUGCAAGUCCCUCCAGAUCAGCCUCGUCUUACUGUUUCCACCACCUCCACCUCCUCCAUUACUCUCGCCUGGAUUCCAGGGGACAAUGGAGGCAGCUCCAUCAGAGGCUUUGUGCUACAGUAUUCUGUUGAUAACACAGAAGAAUGGAAAGAUGUUUUCAUCAGUUCAUCAGAGCGUUCAUUUAAACUGGAAAACCUGCGCUGUGGGACCUGGUACAAAGUCAAGCUGGCUGCCAAGAACAGCGUUGGAGCUGGACGCAUCAGUGAGAUCAUUGAGGCAAAGACCCACGGGCGAGAACCUCAGUUCAACAAGGACCAGCCUAUCUUCACCUACGUCAACUCCACCCAUGCUCGCCUCAACCUGCAGGGCUGGGCCAGCGGAGGCUGUCCAAUCAUCUCAAUGACACUGGAAUUCAGACCAAAAGGCAUGUGGACGUGGCAGCAUGUCCGCACCAACGCCACCACAGACGUGUUUCUGGCAGAACUACGUGAAGGCACCUGGUAUGAGUUGAAGAUGAAAGCAUGUAACAGUGCUGGCUGUGGCAACCAGAGUUCUCAGUUUUCAACACCCAACUAUGAUGGCAGCACCAUUCCUCCCAUUAAGUCCCCCUUGGAAAAAAAUGAUGAUGUGAAGAAGCUGUUUUCAAUCGGCUGUCCUGUGAUUCUGGUGACUCUUGGGGUGGCGCUGCUGUUUGUCGCCAUUCGCAAGAAACGCAAAGAGAAGAGGCUGAAGAGACUCCGAGAUGCCAAAAGUCUGGCAGAGAUGCUCAUCAGUAAAAACAACCGCAGCUUUGACACGCCAGUGAAAGGACCUCCUCAGGGCCCACGGCUACACAUUGACAUCCCCAGAGUGCAGCUGCUAAUUGAGGACAAAGAAGGCAUCAAGCAAAUCGGAGAUGACAAGGCCACUAUUCCUGUGACAGACACAGAGUUCAACCAAACUGGGAAUCCUCAGAGCUUCUGCACUGGUGUUUCUGUCCAUCACCCUGCCCUCAUCCAAAACACAGGUCCUUUGAUAGACAUGUCUGACAUCAGACCAGGAACCAACCCAGUGUCAAGGAAGAGUGUUAAGUCAGCCCACAGCAUCAGGAACCGCUACUCCAGUCAGUGGACUCUGACCAAGUGUCAGGCUUCAACGCCAGCCCGCACUCUCACUUCAGACUGGCGCACAGUUGGUUCUCAGCAUGGUAUCACUGUCACAGAGAGUGACAGCUACAGUGCCAGCCUCUCACAGGACACAGACAAGGGGCGCAACAGCAUGGUGUCCACCGAGAGUGCCUCCUCCACCUACGAAGAACUGGCAAGAGCCUACGAGCAUGCAAAGCUGGAGGAACACCUGCAACAUGCCAAAUUUGAGAUUACGGAGUGCUUUAUAUCCGACAGCUCAUCUGAUCAGAUGACUACAGGUACCAAUGACAACGCAGACAGUAUGACGUCUAUGAGCACACCAUCAGAGCCCGGUAUCUGCCGUUUCACUGCCUCACCGCCCAAGCCCCAAGACUACGAUCGUGGCAAGAAUGUAGCCGUGCCCAUUCCACACCGCGCCAAGAGCGACUACUGCAACCUGCCCCUGUACAUGAAGUCCGAUCCCUUUUUCCGAAAGCAGUCAGAACACCAUGACCCAUGUCCAGUAGUUCCACCACGUGAAGCCUCUAUUCGUGGCCUAGCCCAGCGAGCGUACCACAGCCAGGGCCGUCACGUGACUAUGGACUCUGCAAAGCAACAGGCUCUGACCAUGGGCCACUCCGGCCUGUCAAACCUCACUUCCUCUGGGGCGUCUUCUGGAGGAGCAACAGGAGGCGGCGGUGGAGGCUUGUCUGCUAGCUCCAGCAGCUCCACGCUUCCCCAGCGGACUCUCACCAUGCCUGGCUCCGCUGCUUCUGCGGCUCAGAGUGCUGCUGCCGCCGCUGCAGCCACCGCUGCUGCAGGGGGCGCAUCAUCUUCCUCUGGCGGUGGGGCAGCAGGGACCUCAGGGGCGACCCCUGGAGGUGCCUCUUCUUCCUCCUCCAAAAUGGGAGGAUCCAGAGACUCUCUCCUGGAGAGCAGCUCUUCGGGAUUAGGCAGACUGCAGAAGCAGAGGGAUGGGGGGUCAGGAGCCUACUCCAAGUCCUACACACUGGUGUAGCCUGCCAAUAGCGAGGCCUGUCACUGUAACUCUUAAUACAAUGCUGGUUCAGCCAGCGUUUGCCUGGAGCCUCUAUGGUGAAUCGGGGUGACAAACAUACACAUGCACAGCUUACCCGUCAGUGCCUGUGCUGUGCCAGCCUGCAGGGAGCUGGUUGGGCUCCCGUCAACACAACUGUUUCAAGGGGUCAGAGUUGGGUGUCCACAGCACAGGGGCUUGCCUUUCUUUCUGCCUGAUUGUGUUCCGUUAUAUUUGUGUAAUUUCUCUCUUUCUCUCUCUCUCUCUCUUUCUAUUUUUUAAAUCACCCUGGAAAUCACUUGCCAAAACAAAAAUGAUCUAUCUGUUCAGUCUAUCUUCAUUUUCAGGCAAGGACACAGAACUUAUGCACAAAAUGCUUUUAACUUGCACUGUCUUGCUUUCUAUAACAAGACAGCUGUAGAUUGAACCAGGUUGCUUAAGAUGUGUGUUGAAGUUUCUUUUUUUCUUUCUUUUUUUAAAAAACAAUAUGUAACCUUUAUGUUCUCUGAUGGAAGAUUCGUUCAUAUCUCAGCAUUGUGCCACGGCAGAAUGCUUUUGCUGUAUGCACAAAUCCCCAGCCUCUGUGUUACUUUGGCUCUGUAAGGUUAGUCCAUCAUAGAUCCAUACAUUAGAGGCAGAGGAAUGACUCUUGUACAUGCAAUGGAUGACCCAGCAUUGCGGUCACAAUGGAAGAUUUUAUAGAAAGAGGAGCUAAAAAUGUCAAGCAUCAUUGAGUGAAAUCUAGAUUCUUUUUUUUUUUAUUUAUCCAAAAAGGUUUAAGUUUGUUUUCAGACGAUGGAA